GUGAAGUUGCUAGCGCUCCUAGUUGUACUUGGGUUAACCGAAAACUUGAUUGGGCUGGGAAACGGAUUGGGUAUCUUGAAGAUAAAUGAUAAGAAUAUUGAGAAAACUUUCUAACAGUGGAAAAUUAAUAUUUUCUUAAUUUUAUUUAAAACGUUAGAAUCCGAUGAGUUUUAUUUAGUCUGUAGGGGGGUCAUGUGACCAAUGAAACGAGCAUAAGUGUUGCUUAAUGGAAAUUCAAACUGCCUCAUUUGCAGAUUUUCACUAGAAAAUUAUGCAAAUACGAAGAGUUGAUCGUCUAAACUGAGAUUGGAUUGAAAGUUAAUAAGGAAAUCGCGAAUUUUAAGAUCGGUAUUCGGACUCGUGAAUUUGAUUGAUUUUAGAAACUAAGAUGGGAAACGACUAAAUAAAUAUUCAACGUUGUUGUUGGCUGGAAAAUCGGCUGUAAUUAUAUCAGGUAAAUUGGUUAAUUAAUUUGAAUUCAAUCGAAUUGAGCUUAAUCGUGAUUAAUUUAAUAGACUUCGAGUAAUUUGUAGUUUAAUCUUCGAAAUACCAUUGAGGAAUGGUAUCGAAAUGGUGGAAAUAUGUCUCCGUAGUUAUCAAAAUAAAUUGGCAUUUUAAUUAAUCGACUGUACUCUUGUUUAAGGUGUACGAAUGGAUAAACCGAACGUAAUCGAAUUCGUGUAUUUUGAUGGUUAAAUGGGAAACGACUAAAUCUACAAUCAUCGUUGUUUAUGGCUGAAAAACGACUGAGUGUCAGUUUCAGGUAGACGAAUAAGAAUGGAUGAUAAUCGCGAAAUUUGAAUCUUCGGACGAACUCUAGCGUACGAGCACAUCAUAAUAGACGAUUUUAAUUUAAUUAGCAAAUCACGGACGUUGAAACGAACGAAUUUGUGCUGAUAUAGAAUGAUCGUGAUCAGAUCGGUGAAUAACGGUGUAGGGACUAAAUAAACGAUGUCUUAUGUUACUCAAUGAUAUUUCAGGUAAACGGUGAGAAUAACUAAUUAGCAAAUCACGAACGUUGAUACAAGUAAAUUUGUGGGAAAUGGAACUUAUUUAGGAGAUGAUUUUAAAUGAAACUCAAUUAAUCAAUUUGACUGCGAAUAAACGAUCGAUGAUUGAAUUAAACUGAUUUAGCGUUGAUUAUCGUAAUGCUAAGGUGGUAGUUUGGAAGCGAACUGAUAUGAUAAUUUCGUAGAAUGGACAAGUUGUACAAAUUCGACGAUAUUGACGAAGAGAUUGCCUUUAUUAGACAUCUGGAAGAGUCGAGAUCGAAUUCGCAUAUAAGAACGGAUGGAGGAGAACUGAAAGAUGAGUUCAUCGACUUAUUUAAUAGAAUGGACCGGUUAUUAGCAGAAGGCGUGCCAAUUGAAAUUGUUCUGUUUUUGCAGACGAUGAUGAUAUUAGAAAUUUACGAAGCCGAAGCGUUUUAUGAGCCCGAAGAUUAUAUUGUCGAAAUAAUUAUUCCUGGGAUUUACAACGAAGACUCAGACGAGGACUCCGACGACGAGGACUCUGACGAAUCUGAGGACUUGAGCCGAAAGAGAAAAACGAUGAAAAGAGCGGCAGCCCGAAAGGAAGGAAAAGGGAAGAAAUUUAGAGGCCGUAAAUUACGUAGAACUAAUUAGCAUGUAAAUCGAGAAUCGCGAUUGUUAUUAUUGUUGUUAAAUUUUAACCAUUUAAAUCUUAACGAAGGAGAAUACUUUCCAAUCAAUUAUCUUCGCUCUUUUGUCGAUUAAAGGGAACUCAAUUAAA